GGAAGUUCAGGGGAGAAUAGGGAGGGAGAGAGCGGGGGCCGGGGGGAAGGGAGGGAGGGAGGCAGGGAGGGAGGCAGGGAGGGAGGCAGGGAGGAGGGAGGAGGGAGAACUGGAGGCGGCGGGUGAGUCAGCAGUUGGUGUCGUUUUUUGUUCUCUUUCUCUUUCCCGCUUCCAAAAACCGGCUGCAGACUUCGAAUUUUUUUUCCGCAUUAGGCAUCUUAUCCGAUCGGAAAUCCAAUCUUUACCUGAUUAGGAAUCUAAUCUUUACCCGAUUAGGCAUCUGAUCUCUAUCCUUCUGCAGAGAACCGGCUUCCUCACAACGGAGCGUGAUUUGGCGGCAAGAUCAGAUUUCUGAAGAUCGUUCCUCAUUUGUUGCAAGUGAUAGUCGAUCGGUUGGCGGGAAGUGAGUUGGCGGGAAGUAUUUGGCGAGAGAAUCGAACAUAGCAAUCAAUCACACUUUAUAGGUGAGGGAAUAUACAUUAGAUAAAUUCUGAGGUACAUGUAUAUAUAGGCGUUCAUACGUUUAGAUAGACACAAGGAAGACUCUCUAUAACCCCGCGCACACAGAGGGAGCGAGAUAGAAAGAUAGAUAGAUAGAUACACACACACACACACACACACACACAGAGAGAGAGAGAGAGAGAGAGAGAGAGAGAGAGAGAGAGAGAGAGAGAGAGAGAGAGGUGAGUGUGAUACGUCAUCAUGCAGCUGGACGUGUCUCGUGUGCAGAAGGAGCUUGUGGAAAUCGAAAAGGACAAAGUGCUCUCAGGCGUGAGCGUGUCUGUGUGCGGCGAUGAGCUGUCUUUGAUGAGAGGAACGAUCGUCGGUCCCGUCGGGACCCCUUAUGAGGGCGGAACCUUCGUCGUCGAUAUUCAAUUGCCAUCUGCGUAUCCGUUCGAGCCUCCGAAGAUGCAUUUUGUGACCAAAGUCUGGCAUCCUAACAUUAGCAGUCAGAAUGGAGCUAUCUGCUUAGACAUUCUCAAGGAUCAAUGGAGCCCAGCACUCACGUUGAAGACCGCCUUACUCUCGCUGCAGGCGUUGUUAUCUUCGCCGGAACCCGAUGACCCCCAAGAUGCUGUCGUUGCCCGGCAGUACCUGAGGGAUCAUAAGACAUUCGUGUCGACAGCCCGACACUGGACCGAGACUUUUGCAACCAGAGCUUCCGUCGGCAUGAAGGAGAAGGUGGCGAUGGGUCAGCAGGCGGCACGGAUCACCGAGGAAGGUGACGAUAAUGUCAAUGAUUGCGAACAGAAUGGCAAGGCCGUGGACGCGAAGGGGCAGGGGAGCGGUUCGAUGGCCUUGGCUUCUUCCACGUGCUCUUCCUCGGAGGCAAAUACGUUGUUCGAUGGGCUUGUGGUCUGUGUUACGGGCCUUUCCAAGGAUGCUCGCCGGUGGGUUCAGAGGGAGACAGAAAGAUUGGGGGGUCAAUACAGCCCUGCUCUUCAUCCUCGCUGUACCCAUCUGCUUGUACAGAGCAUGGCGGGUCGCAAGUUUCAGCAUGCUUGCAAGCAUGGCGCGAAGAAAGGUUUGCAGAUGGUAACGCUGCGUUGGCUCCUCGACUCCGUGAAACGCAAUGCGAGGAUGGACGAAAGCAAGUACCCGGUAACGGUAAAAACUAUUCAGGACGUGAAGUGUAACUGGGGCCAGAGCCGUGAUGCCGGUGGACUUUCGAGCGGGGAAGACUGUCUUUCUGCUCCUUCUUCCAGAGCAAGCGGAUCUGAUGGCAAUCGUCAGUCGAGAAACGCAUCACUGGAGCAAGUGGAUUUGCCGGAGUAUGACAGAGUGCGAGAUGGCAGCAGUGACGGGCAGGACAGAACCGACCUGUUUGACGGCUUCUGCUUCUAUGUCGAUGCAGACGUGCCAGAGGAUGUGCAGCAGAAGGUCAAGGAGACAAUUGCCAGGGGUGGGGGCUCAGAGACAGGUUGGUGGUACGUUGGGUGCAGGGCAACGCAUGUGGUGUGUGAGGCAGAAGCAUUGUACAGAUACGCUGCGAGAAGUGUGAACGUUGUGACACCACUUUGGGUCCUCCGGUCUAUGAAGAGCAAGGUGUUGCUGAAUCAGGUGCAGUUCUCUGCGGAUCUUGGGAUGCAUCUUGCAUCCGUGUUGCAUUCGAGGGCACAAGAGGCCAAUCAUGCAGGCAAUGGGGAGUGCAGGGCAGAUGAGGGAAAGAGGGGAGCGAAUGGGACGUAUGGAAGGGAGGUGGAGAUGCCUCCGCUGCGGCGGGAACGGGAACAAGAAGUCCAGAUUGCAAAGGCUGGAGUGAGACGGAGGAGAGGGCCUCGCAAGCAACCCUGCCGGACAUUGCCUAGACCAAUUACCCCUGCCCUAUUGAUGGAGACUGUGUGCUGGGCGGUGACAGACUUGCCAACCACCGCGAAAACAUUCCGCGAGUGCGAUGAGAGUUCCGAGUACAUAGAGUUCUCCAUGACGAGGAUAGAAGCACUGGGAAUAGGUUCAGAAGGGUCUAUAGGUGAUCCAGCGGCGGACUUCAGUCUGGAUUCGGAGCUGACCAAUAACAGUCCUGCAUGGGGUCUCGUUGGAAAUGGCGUAAAGAAAGAUGCAACACGAAUCAUGGACGACUUUGGCAAAGUGCGAUCGAUGUUGGAAAGCGAGAGGAUGGAAGUUGUGUUCCCGUCACCCUUUUUGACGAUUCUUUUCCCAAUUGAUCGGUUUGCAGAGAUGGGAUUGAGUUCCCGCCAAUUCUUCUCGGAGGCCGGGUUCACAAGGCAUCAGAUUCUCGAAGCAAUUUACUCUUUUUAUCAGGAGGGCAUGUCGACGGAGGAAGUCAGGGUCGCCCUCCACACGGACUCCAAAUAUGCCGAUCGGCUGCGUGCCGCAUAUGUCGGCCCGCUGGUCACCGACUGUUUGCCAGUUAAAGAUCAGCAGAAGCAUGUUGCACCCGUGAUGAAGCGUUGCGAAUUCCUUGGAAGCCGGCGCAGCUUUGAGGGUUUGCAGCGAACUGGCCGGGACAACACUGGGAAUGUCUAUGAGCUGCUGUUGGGGGUAUAGGGAUUGCUCCGGCCUUUUGAUCGGUUCCUGGUCCUCCACCGCAAACUUCAGCAUUUUGUG